UAUAUCCGGGGGAUGUUAAUCCGGAAUUUUGUGUUAUUUCAAAAGCUCUCAGUGCCACAGUUCAUCCUAUUGUAUCUUCUUUUUUCAGUUUAGAAAAUGAUCGUAUUAUUACAAGAUAUAAAAACUUAAAUCCUCAAAUUGAUGUAAAUGUUUUGAGAAAUUGUUUAGAGUAUGAACCAAAAUUUUUUAAAUGGGCAGGUGAUUACUUCGAUUUAUCUUCUGAUUUCUUCAAUGUAAUUAAUUCAAAUGGUAAACGACAAAUGCUCAUUAUUGAAUCCGGUUCAGGUCCUGCAGGACAAUGCUCAAUGCCUUCGCUAGAUAUAAAUAAUAAAAGACACAAUGGCUAUAAACUCGUAAUACAAACGGCAUUUAAACACGCUCUAAAAGACGCUGAUUCCUCUCUUGGUGAGCUUGCCGUAGUGUGUGAUAUGGCUUGCGAUGAAAUAGAAGCAACUGGGUAUGCGGCUGCAAUCGCUGAAGAGACUAAAGAACGUGUUUGGAUCGUUAUGCUUUAUGAUGUUGCUAAAUAUGAUCAACUUUUUAAAUGGGAGAAUAAAGUUAUGUAUAUAAAAGAUCAAGAUGAAGCAAAAUCAUUUGAAAUAUUUAAUACUGAACUUUCUGAAAGUGGACUUGCUAUUCGUUUUCCAAAAACCGUAUGCAAUAUAAGCAAGUGCGAAAUUCCUUCAUGUAUCGAAAAGAUGGGUGGUCAUGCGGUGAUUAAAGCUCCCUAUGGCUGUUGCGGUCUAAUUAUCUUUUAUUUACAAAAAUUAGGACAGGGUAUUUACAUAAUCACUAAUUCAGAAGAAUUAAAAGAAUUCUUGGAUACUAAUCAUCAUUAUGAAAAAUUUGUUAUACAAUCUCUUGUUGGAAGUGCAUUAUGGUCUACAGAAUCAUGUUCUGAAAAAUUAUACCAUAUUGGUACUAUGCCAAAUUUUCAUAAUCAAACUUUUGUUAAUGACCUGAGAAUGAUGGUAUCUGCAGAUGAUACUGGAUUUCAUCCUGUGAAUAUUAGUUCACGACGUGCUAGUAAGCCACAACCCAUCUAUCAACCAAAUGAUUCUAAUUGGAACCCAUGGAAAGUCUUUGGAACAAAUGUAACUGACUCUAGUGGGAUGGAAGAACAUGAAUAUGAAAGAGUAAUUACAAUUGACCAGAAAGAGUUUGAUACAACUGGAUUUGGUAUUGAUGAUUUAAUUGAUGCAUAUGUGCAAACUGUGUUAAGCGUUAUUGCUAUAGAUAAAAU